GUAACAAUACGUACUCCUUUGACUAUCCAACUACACUGAUCAUUUUCAGCAGCAUGGGGAUUGUGUGUUUAGGGAUUAUACGGUCAUAACAUCAGAACAAGCAGCCAAGUGACUUGUGCCCACGACUCCCAACCAGUGGCGAACUUUAUUGUUAGGAUGACAUCAUUCUACAGCACCGAUGCAGGAGCUAUAUUUAAAGUACCAAUCGGAUGGCUGGACUCGAGUCAGGUGCUUUGCAGCAAGGGUUACACGGUGCCUGUGUAACAGAACCCACUAGUGCCGCAGAAAAAGAGGGAAAAAUCGGCGUGACUGCAGUUCGCAGCGCGGUAACGGUGACGGUGUAACCCUGAAUGAAUGAAUGAGUGAAUGAAUGAAAGAUCGGUUCCUAGCGCAAGGACGGGAAAUUCAUGAAUGAGCGUGAACAACAUACGGCGAGCGGGACAGCUGGAAGGAGCGCGGACUGCAAGUGAAUACUAAUAAAAGACGUGUCGAAAACGAAGAGGGUCGGAUUGUCCUGUAAAUUGAGCACAAAAGCGGCAUGUGAAUACCGGACGACUCGCAUUGCAAAAUAAUCAUGGGACGAGUGGGAGAAGGCCACAUUGCACUUUAGCUCUUUUUAAUGUACUGUACAUUUGUGGAGAUUUAACCGGAUCGACGUGUCCUGUGUCUCAGUACACUGGUGUGAUUGAGGAGAGUGCUAUGUCGCUGUCUACGAGGAUCAGAUAUUAAUUCAAAGGCAAUCUUCUGCUUAAAGGACUCUACAUUUUUUUCGUUAUUAUUUCUGUCAUAAGAAGACACUCUUGCUUACGUAAACAAAAGGAGAGGCAGUAACAGCUACGUUAAUUUCAUACACUCUUUACUAUGUUGUGACAUCAUGUUUGUGUGAAAUCGAAGAAAGAAAAAUCGCAGCUUUUGAAAUACAGUACUAGUGCGAUAUCCAUUUAAAGGCGCGCUUAUUAAACAACAUCAUCUGCGCACUUUAUUUAGUUCAGAGAACCAGAGCCACACAUCUUCAGAUGUUACUUUCGAUUUUGUAAUGGUGUUUGUUUUGAUUCCGAGGUUUUCUUUUCUUCCCGUGGGAAAUACAGUGUCAUUGAACAGUGUCCUUGAUUCUAACAGUAGCGGACCCUUCUGAUUUACUGACACCACGGCUCAAUGUAUAAGGUACAAUUCCGGUUUGGGAAAUGGAGGGCGAAACUAUUGAAUGAAAGUGCCCCGGCAGUUGUAUUAUUGCUUAAGUAUAAACGUACAAAUUUGUACCCGUGAUUACUAGCAAUCAUUUGAAAGCCAUCGCUUUGUUAGCUGUUUCCAGAAUAACAGACAUAAUUACCUUUGUGGACUGAAGAUAUUAAAUAAAGAUGUAAAUAUCUACAUUCUCGAAAGGUUAAGGGUACGAGAAACUGCACGGUUUAAUGCUAGCUCAUCUUUCUUUGCCUUAUCUUUUCGCUAAGGGAAGAGACCUGAGCGCGCAGAAGACAAUAGAGCCGUUUAACAGAAGGCGGUCGCAUUCUGCAAGCUCUUGCCUUUCUCUCCUUCCACAUUUAAACAAGGAAGUGCACGACUGGACGGAGCGAUCUGGGCCUCUGUGGCGGCGCUAACUGGCCCUCCUUGGCCGGCGAACUGCACGAUGCUCAGAUGAGAGUGCUUUCCAAUCAGAUUGUUCCAAGCAGCUCCGUCUGAUUAGAGGAUUCCUUACAGUGUACCGACCUACUCGUUUAUAAAUGCGCAGCCACUUCCCACUAGAGCAUCUCAUCAUCUUCACAUCAUCUUCGUUAAUGCAAUCAUAAAUCCCAGCGAUCACUUACCUGCCGGAUUUUGUCGUCCUUUGCUUUAGUAUCUCUAAUCUGGUGUUUUAAAAACUGGAACUUUAUCGCAAAGCAAAUAAAUGAAUAAACAGUAAAGUGUUUCGGUUAUACUCUUCUCUAAACAAAGGCAAAGUUUGCGUUUGUAUAUAUAUAUAUAUAUAUAUAUUUUUGCAUUGCACAUAGGCCAAUCGCCCUCGGUUAUGUGUCACCCAGUAAUAUCUGAAAUGGCCGCAGGUAGGUGGCACACGGGUCAGACUCGGUCAGUUACAGAUGUGAAAAGGGCUCUCUAUUGUGUUUAAUCAGCAAAUCGGAGCACAGACAAAAAGCUCCCUUCGCGCGAGCUUCCCCGCUUCUUUUUAGUGAACGAAGUCUGACUGUGCAAAAUAAUAGAAGAUGACGGAUGUUUAUGCACUUAAAUUGAUCACAUCGGUUAUGAACUAAGAUGUUUUCAGAGGCUACAGCAGGGGUGUCCUGGCCAGCUUGAUCCACCAGAGUGUACCACCCGAACCGCCAAAGCGGCAAUAACAGGUGCCGGCUGGAUACCAUCUUUCAACACUGUAUUUUAGAAACAUUAAUAACGCAAAAAACAGUUUCAAGUGUGGAACUCAGGAUAUCCCACGUCUUCUUCUUUAAUUAAGAAACUUCACUCAAAUUAAAAAGACUUGUAUGGCAAAGUCACACCGUUUUUGUCGCUUCUGAUUUCGGAUGGACUUCUAAUAUUAAGAGUAAGAAAAAAAGAAGCAAUUGUUUCUGAGGGUCACUUCUUCUUUUGCCAGCUUUUUGAGACAUUCGCGGGUGGCAAUGGAAACCACGAAGCUACCCCCCUCCAGCCCCUCAUCCCCCAAUACAAGCUUUUCUGUUCCAAGUGCUGAGAAGGUGGAUGGCUUCCCACGGCGGUCCAUGCGCCGAGCCAGACAGCGCCGAUCCCACAGCUCAUCUCAGUUUCGGUAUCAGAGUUCGCAGGUGGAGCUCACCGCCCUGCCCCUCCUGAAAGAUGCCCCAGUAUCAGAGCUACACGACUUAUUUUGCAAAAAGCUACAGCAGUGCUGUGUGCUUUUUGACUUCCUCGACUGUGUAGCAGACUUAAAAGGAAAGGAGAUCAAACGGGGAGCCCUCAAUGAGCUGGUGGACUGCAUAGCUACGAACAGAGGCGUCUUAAUUGAGCCCGUCUACCCUGAGGCAAUCAAGAUGAUUUCAGUUAAUAUCUUUCGGACGUUACCACCAAGUGAAAAUCCAGAAUUUGAUCCUGAAGAGGAUGAGCCAACACUAGAGGCAUCCUGGCCCCACCUUCAGCUUGUCUAUGAAUUCUUUUUGAGAUAUCUGGAGAGUCCUGACUUCCAACCAUCGGUAGCUAAGAGGUACAUUGACCAGAAAUUUGUUUUACAGUUACUGGAGCUUUUUGACAGCGAGGACCCUCGAGAGAGAGAGUACCUUAAGACCAUCCUACAUCGGGUCUAUGGAAAGUUCUUAGGCCUGAGAGCCUAUAUUCGUAAACAGAUAAAUAACAUCUUUCUAAGGUUUAUCUAUGAGACGGAACACUUCAAUGGUGUAGCAGAACUUUUGGAAAUACUUGGAAGUAUCAUCAAUGGCUUCGCCCUUCCCCUGAAGUCAGAGCACAAGCAGUUUCUGGUACGAGUCCUCAUUCCCCUGCACACAGCCAAAUCUUUGUCAAUAUUCCACGCUCAGCUGGCUUACUGUGUGGUGCAGUUCAUGGAGAAAGAUGCAACGGUAACAGAAUAUAUUAUCCGAGGAUUGUUAAAAUAUUGGCCCAAAACCUGUACCCAGAAAGAGGUGAUGUUUUUGGGAGAAAUUGAGGAAAUACUGGAUGUUAUUGAACCAUCUCAGUUUGUGAAAAUUCAGGAGUCUCUCUUUAAACAAAUAGCAAACUGUAUCUCUAGCCCUCAUUUUCAGGUUGCAGAGCGGGCUCUGUACUUCUGGAACAAUGAAUACAUCUUGAGUCUGAUUGAAGACAACUGCCAUGUUAUCUUACCAAUCAUUUUUGGCACAUUGUACCGUGUCUCUAAAGAACACUGGAACCAGACUAUUGUCUCUCUGAUCUAUAACGUCCUGAAGACCUUCAUGGAAAUGAACAGCAAGCUAUUUGACGAUCUUACUGCAUCUUAUAAAGUAGAGAAGCAGAAGGAGCUGAAAAAGGAGAAGGAGCGCCAGAUCUUAUGGAUGAGACUGGAGAAGCUUCAGACCUUGGGCGAGGCACAGAUGAACCAACUGAACCUGCAAAUCAGCCAAAACAGUCAAAACAAUGGACAAAACAGUAAAAGUCCAAUGUGAUCUACCAGCCCUGGAACUUCCCUAGCCAUAAGGGACCCAUUUGAAACCGUUCAUUAAGAUGUUAAGUAUGUUGCUAUCCAUGAAAUGAGGCUGUUGCUCUUAUGGUACUUUACUAGCAGCUGCAUUGAUUCCACCCCCUCCUCUGUUUCAAGGUGAUUUGGGCCUGCCUUAGCCAUUGUACCUGAGUAGUGGCCAGACGAGGGGCGAUUCAAUAUUCCUGCUCAUUAGAUUAUUAAUUAACAAAAUAAUGUUUUAAAACCAUGGUUUUCUGAGCCAGCCACCAAGGAUUUGCAACGGGGCGAGUUUAUCACUGCAGUCACAUGGUCCUCCGUAUCAUAGUGUGCUUUCCAGCAGCACCAACAAUCCCUUCCUCCCAUGGUGUUUUCAGAGAAAGUCCAGAGCCCAGGACUCUACAAGUCUGGAAAUGGUGCACAGAGACAUGUGCAGCCUGAUAUCUCAUGAUAGAAGUACAAGACCCCCAAUCACUUGGAAUCUAAAGGCUAAAUUCUGCCCUUGAGUGGAGGCGAUCCACCUGUCAACCGAAUGACAUCUUCAUCAGAUAGGCUUGCACUCUUGUUAGAGUAAUUCAUGGUGAAAGAAUUGCAGUGCCACUGUAGAAUGUUAAAAAUGUGAAAAUAUGAUUUGUUGUGGAGUUCUGUUCUUGUAAGAUAAGUAUGGUAGUUUUUUUUCCAUCAGGCAGACUUGAAAUGUCUUUUAGCCUUGGAAAAUCAAAAACAGACAUAUCUAAAUGGCCUAAAAUGUCUUGCAAUACAGAUUCAGCUUAGCUCUAGUAAUAAUAUAGGCCUUUUCACUUUUAUGUCAAUAGUAUAUUACUUUCAAGGCUAUUUCCAUCCUCUUCAUAUCAGAGAGUUUUGCUUCCAUGCAGUACCAAAAAUGAUUAGAUUAGUAUAAUUCAUAUUCUUCACAUUGCCAUCAUUUUUAUGAAACUAUGUAAGGUUCAAUUUCAAACGUAAAUUAUUUAAUCUCUCUUUGUUUUACUUGGAGCUGACUUACAACAAAUACAUGAGUCAAAGGGAAAGCAACUGCAUCAGUCCAAUACAUAACGGGAUUUCUGCCUUGAUAAUGAAUCCAUGAGUGAAACCAGGCCCAGUAAAGCCAAAGUUCAGUACUUUCCUCCAUGCUGUGUCCUUAACCUAAGAAAAGCUCAAAUUGACUGGUGGCGUUAACAUCCCUUCAGUUUAUCUUAAGUUUGACUGAAUAGGAAAGUCAUGGACACACACACCAAAAAUGGUAUUUUAACAGACUUUCUUAUCAUCAAAAUUAGAUUUGCAAUUUCUUUCUGAAAAAAAAAACACUUUGAUGGUCUUCACUUAUUGCCUGUGACACACUACACCACCCAGUUAGCCCACAGAAUAAAUCUGAGUAACAGGAACAAUAAGUCCUCUGUGGCAACUGUACUGAUCAGACACCCACGGCUUAGUUACUCAUCAGAUUUCUAAAGCUAUCUGUGUCGGCAUUGUCUGCAUGGCUCAUCUUAAAAAAAUAAAAACCGUGUUCUGUUUUAGGAAGCCCUCUGCUCUCCUUAGUAAACAAUACUCUGAAAAGGACAUCUAAUAGUUUGAUUUCUUUUUUGUGUUACAUGACUUAUCCGAUCAGUCAGAGUAGUAAGAUGUCUCCCACCUUUGUCAUCAGCAUAUCUGACUCCUUGGUAUUGUACAAGGUAACAUCACAGUAGUGGUUAUAUUGCUCCUAGGCACUUCACCAAAGUAACAUAAAUUUAAGACCCCCGUUCACCAUAGACCAAGGCAAGCCUCACAGCCAGUCACACUAACCAGGAAAGGCACAAUCUAGCAGUACACAAGUCUAUUAAUAACAGUUUUGGAACCCUUGCACCUAAUCACUCCAUCACAAUGGUACAACCAGGAGCAUGUAAGGUAUUCACCCAUUCCUUUGCAAUUGGAUAUAUUAGAAUUACUCCAGAAGAUGUAACAGUUGCACCUCACUCUAAAUUGCUCUGCCUUUGGGAUGCAGUCCGUCUACUGUAUAUGAGAAUUACAUUCACCCACAUGACUCUUUGAGCAUUUCACUCCAGGUCACUUCAUUAAAGUCGCAUACAAAUGAGCCCUCUGCCACUUUUUCUACUGAACUUAGUACCUCAUUGCUCUACACUAAUUAUCGCCUCUCCUCACUGGUCAAAGGGUAGAAAGCACUUAUACUAUCAAGCUCACACACCACACACACACACACCUGUCUGAGCUUAUUGUCAAAAAGAAAAGCUCAGGCUCCCGCAAGAGUAGACUCCUCCCAGCUCAUUGCUACCCACCUUCUGUAAAUCUUCAUAGACUUUGAAAUACCAAAAAAUAAAUGCUGCUCUGGCAUAUCACUAGUUGGGGUUUGAGUCACUCACAUGCACUCUUCUUCGUAGUGAAUUGAUUAUCUGGAGUUUUUAGGCAGGGUAUCGUGUUUUUAACUGGUGGUGGAAUUUUCUGGAAAAGGUUGUCAAAUGCAGUUUUCAGCCACAGAGACAAAUGUAUUAAGAUGUAAUAUUCUGGCAAUAUGAUUCUUUUUAAAAACUACUAUUCUUUAGUUCCAGACAUUCAUGGCUUGUUUUAAAAGGCUUCUCUGAGUUCUCCUCAUUUUAGCGCCUAAUGCCUUGAGAUUGGCAAAUGUAAAUGCUUUAUAGCCUGAUAGUUGAUUGUUUCAUUUUUUCCAUGCUGUUUAGUGUUUGCUCAUCUACAGCCCCCUGUAGGGACAGUAAGCGAGAGUGUAGCCUUCCAGAAAACGUUACAUCAUUCUGUAACAAUUUCUUGUCAUCCACUGUGUGUUAUUAAAAAGCUUGGACGAUGAAGGCUAAAGAUACAUUCUGGGCGUUGGAGUUAGAAUUCUAGGAUGUGCAGCAACAAGCCAGCAUGGUGCCAAAGAUAACACUCUUGAUCUUGGCAUACUCAGUAAAUCCAUACCAUUUCCCAAGCCCACUUAAUCCUGAGCAGGGUCACAGAUACUCAGAUAUGCAAAAAGCUAACAUUCACAGUGUCCAGAAAAUACCAGCUGUACCAUAUGCAGUUUUGCCCUGAUAUCUAAGCUCUCAGACCAGAAUAUGUGUAACUUCUGGUCAACAGUAUGUAGCAUGGUGGUUCAUUCCAGCAUCAGUGCUGUACGUCCAAAAAUCUGAUAAGCACAGACUCCAUUUAGCGGGAAUAGGCAUGGGAUAUCCCCACUAAGAGCGUAGCUGAAAUAAACUGAUAAUCAUUCCAGAACUAUUGGGUUGUCAUCAUCUCCCAUAUCCAACCAAGCCAAUAAGAUGCUGCUUACUCUCCAUGGAGGACAUGCAAAACCAUCUACACAAUGUCAAAUGCACUGAUACUGAGGUAUGGAUACAGAUUACUAUGACACCAAAACAAUCAACAUUUACAAAGUAGGGCUGAGCACGCUGUCGCACCACUCUUUGUAAUGAGGUGCUAUACUGUAUUUAUUUUUUAUUUAUUUAUUUAUUAUGUUUUUGGAGCAUAAGCCAGUCAUUAAAAACUCAGUUAAAUUAUUUCAGUACAGUGAAUGAUCAUGAUAAAAUGGAGUGAUUUGGUAUUGGGGAAAAGGUUUAUGUGCACUUUUAUCGAGAAAAGAUAUCAGUGACACAAAAGAAUAAAGUGAAGAGUUCAGUCUUAUAAACAUAUAUAGAUAUUAAGUCUUAAAUUACAGCAAUAUCUCUUCAUUAUCAGGUAUAUUCUUGUACAUCAUUCUAGCUUCACUUGGAACAGGUUUCAUUUGUGAAUUUAGUGCAGCUCAUCUACUACCCUAUGGCUUGGUGCUUAACAGUUCACAACAUGUUGAGACUUUUGCAGUGAUUUCUACGUUGUAAAUUUGCAAUAAUUAUGUUAUUUUCAUUACAUGUUACUUUAAAAUUGUUUAGCGCAGUGUUUCUCAACCUUUUUGGUGUUGUGACCUGGGGGGGUGGUCACCCUUGGUGAUUCAAAUAUGGGGGCACAUUUGAUGAGUUGACUCAACCGUUUAAACGAGUGUGAUCAUUGGAGCAGUGGCCCACCAUGACUCACUAUCAUUAUAAACGAUAGCAGCUUACGAUUCACCAGUCGUUGGCAACCUGCACCUCAGUGGGUUGCAGUCUAUUGGGUUGAGAAAUACUGGUUUAGCAGACCAACAAGCUAACUGUAAUGCCUCCAUCUUACUUUUUUCUGCUUUUAAAUUGAGCAAUUGUAUGUCCCAAGGUAUAGGUGUUGACAUUAUGCAGCACCCAGUUUGCUAAUACAUGUGCGUUGUUGAUCUGCUUACCAUCCGUUCGUUUCAGGCUAAGCUGGUAUUUUAAUUUAAAAUCUCCAAUCUUUCAUUACUAGCAAAUUGCAAUUCUAAAUUGUCCUCUGGACAUCCACUUCAUUAAACUUUUAUUUGCAUAAUGUUUUUAAUGGUUAUGCCUUUUUCAGGUCUUAUGUGUCACAUUUUGCUGUAAGGGGUACGAAGCAGUUGUAGGAACACCCAUCCAUCUUUGCCCAAGGUUUUAUAACUGUUAUCACAAUAUGGUGAUUGCUUGUUUAUUAGACCAGUUCAUUGUGAUUAAGAACAUAAAGAAGCAGCAGAUUUUGUUCUGUGUGUUUGUGGGUGUUUUGUUUAAUAUUCUACAAACAGAUGUAUUCCCUUAAUGAGUGGAAAAGAUUGAUCCAAAUGCAAAAAAAAAAAUCAGAAA